AUGUCGAUAACGUACAUUUCUACAUGUUUUAUCCUCGGACUUUGCUUAUUACAUCAACUCAACUGUGAACAAAGUUGUGAUAAUAGUUUACCGUAUCAAACAUGUUCAUUGAAUGCAGGAUGUGGUUGCCUACCUCUAAGUCAUAAUAAUCAAAGUUCUAUUUGUGCAUCUCUAUCUAUUUCUUGUUCUGAGUUAUCAUCAUGUGCGCGCGAUAAUAAAACAUGUUAUAAACCAGACUAUACUUGUGUAAAACAUUCUCGAUGUCAAAAUGGUCCAGUAUGUUAUCCAAUGCAAAUGGCAACUAAGUCAUUGUGCCCAUCAAUACCAUCCACAACUGUAUCUCCGAUACCUGGCGAUGGUAUUUGUGAAAGUGCCACAUGGGAUACUAAUGGUACCACAGUGGCAGGCGGAAAUGGAGCAGGAUCAGAAUUAAAUCAAUUUCAUUUUCCAUCGGGGAUAUUCCUAGACGAUGAUUUAAAUCUUUACGUAACAGAUGGAUUCAACCAUCGUGUAGUUAAAUGGGAGCAUGGUUCUUCGGUUGGACAAAUAGUUGCUGGUGGAAAUAGCGAAGGAAAUCAAACUAAUCAAUUUCGAUAUCCCAACGGUGCUAUUGUUGAUAAAAACGGAACAAUUUUCGUUUGUGAUGAAGGCAAUCAUAGAGUGCAAAUGUGGAAGAAAAAUGCUAGUGAAGGCGAAACGAUUAAAACAAAUGGGUCGUGUUUCGGAUUGUAUAUUGAUGACGAAGGGGCACUGUACUAUUCUGAAGCAAUAUUCAAUUCUAUAUUAAAAUUUCCAAAUGAUGAAGUUAUUGCAGGUGGAAAUGGAGAGGGAGAUCAUCUAAAUCAAUUGUCUAUUCCGUAUUAUUUUUCUAUUAAGAAUCGCAAAUCACUAUUAAUAGCAGAUGGAGACAAUCACAGAAUUAUAGAAUGGAUUAUUGGUGAAAAAGAAGGUGUUCUUAGAGCUGGUGGAAAUCACGCAGGACAUGAUCUAAAUCAAUUCUAUCAACCAAUGUCAGUAGUUGCUGAUCAAUCGGAUAAUCUUUAUGUUGCUGAUUAUGAUAAUAAUAGAAUUAUGCGAUGGUUGAAAAAUAGUAAAUCAGGCAUUGUUCUUGUUGGAAAACGAGGCGAAGGUCACGACAAAGACCAAUUAUAUAGGCCAUCUCAAGUGUUACUUGAUAAACAUGGAAAUUUAUGGGUCAAUGAUGAUAUGAACCAUAGAAUUCAAAUGUUUGCGAUUGAUAAAAGUUCUUGUAAAACAUAA